GGAGGUCAUAACUUUCAGAAAAAUGAAUAUUUUUUAAUGAAAUUUUCUAUGCAUAUAGUAUUUACUAUGUAGAAUCCGAAUAUACAAGAAUUUCCGGUGAAAGUGUUUUGGAAUGGGGGUGGGGGACAAUUUUCGGAAAUUCCAACAGAGUCCACUUAAAUUCUUCUUUACUUCCAGGAAGAAAAUUUCAUUAAAUGCAUAGAAAAUUUCAUUAAAAAAUAUUCAUUUUUCUGAAAGUUAUGACCUCCCAAAGUCUGGGGGGUAAAACCCUGUAGUUAUGCCCCCAUCGUUACCACGUUAGUUAUAUGAUUGAGUUUGAGAAGUAUUUUGUAUUAUGAAUGCGGUUUGCAAUAAGACAUGGUAAAAGGACAGUCUUCUAAUAAGACUCCAUAACAAAUGCAUGAAUUAGGAAAAGAAAUUAAAUUAGUGAAAUGGACGAAACACAGAACACAAUUAAAAAUACGCAUUGUAUUACACUUCAAUCACUUUAUUAUAAUUUAGUUUCAAAUUUUGUCAUAAGGCCAGCAAAUUCGGAGAUGGAUAAAUCGAUUACAUCAACUCCAAUGCUGGUACUUGCCUUAUUGGCUAUGUUUCGUUGUAACUCGCAAAGUUGUCAACGAAUUGUCACCCGGAUCAGCUGUUUUGUUCGUUAAUUUCUGUAAUUUAUUUAUUUAUUUAUUUAUUUACUUUUGUUUUAAAGUGAAAGAUGUAUGAACAUGAAAUGGACGUGUGUGUGAGAGAGAGAGAGAUAGUGAGCGAGUGCCAGUUAAACAUACAUGAGAACACACGUUCACUCAUUCACUCUGUCUCAGACAUGUACAUACAAAAAGAUGUGUGCAUAUGUAUUGAUGUAUGUACGUAUACAUGAAAACACCCCUUCACUCACUUUCUGUCUCUUUCACACACAUGUCCAUUUCACAUACAUACAUCUUUCACUUUAAAACAAAAGCAAAUAAAUAAAGAUUUUUUGCGGAAAUUAACGAACCCAGAUGACAGUUCUUCAAGUCAAAACGGAAGAUCACCAUUUUAUUGACACCCGAAAGGAUGAAAGACAAAUUCAACCUCAGCAGAGGGACGGUCGAAAUGCCGUGAAGGAUUUUGCCUGAAUCAUAGAUGAUAUUGGACUAACAGAAGAUGCACCUUCAAAACUUUCCAUCUUUUAAAGACUGAAUGAAAAUGCUACAUGGAGGAGAUAGCUAGCACUGUUUCUAUGAAUCCAGUGUAAAAUUCCAAUGACAUUUUGCUCUGAACUGAGAUUAUUAGCAAAAUUUCUGUGUCAUAAUCUGGAGUGUAUACAAAAUGAGUUUGUGUGCUAAUUAAACUUGGAUAAUUUUCAUAAGAGUGAGAUAAAAGUAACAUUGGACAGAAAUACAGCAGUUGAAAAAAUGGUAAAGAAUAAACAACAAAUAUAUUGAAAUAUAGACAUAUUUUAUUUUGAGAAGAAAAGUAUUACAAAAACUCAGAAACUUAAGGAACUGAUUUUUUUCUGAAGACAUGCCUAAAGAUACAACAAAACCAUUAUAUGACUGUGCUGUCUGUAAAAAGUCAUUCACCCAGAAUGGUAACCUAGUUAAACAUAAGCGUAUUCAUACAGGAGAGAAACCAUAUUGUUGUGAUAUCUGUGGUAUAUCAUUUUCUCAGAAUGGAAACCUAACUAAGCACAAACGUAUUCAUACAGGAGAGAAACCAUAUAACUGUGAUAUCUGUGGUAAAUCAUUUUCUCAGAAAUCUACGCUCACUAAACAUAAACGUAUUCAUACAGGAGAGACACCAUAUCACUGUGAUAUUUGUGGUAAAUCAUUCUCUCAGUUUCAUUACUUAACUUCUCACAAAUGGAUUCAUAGAGGAGAGAAGCCAUAUCAGUGUGAUAUCUGUGGAAAUUCCUUCUCCAGGUGUAGUUAUCUCAUUUCUCACAAACGUAUUCAUACAGGAGAGACACCAUAUCGCUGUAAUAUCUGUGGUAAAUCAUUUUCUCACCAAUCUACCCUAACUACACAUAAACUUGUACACACAGGAGAGAAGCCACAUCACUGUGGUAUUUGUGGUAAAUCAUUCUCUGGAGGUAGUGCUUUAAAUUCUCACAAGCGUAUUCAUACAGGAGAGAAGCCAUAUUGCUGUGAUAUCUGUGGGAAAUCAUUCUCUCAUUGUACUGCGUUGACUAGACACAUACGAAUUCAUACAGGAGAGAAGCCAUAUCACUGUGGUAUUUGUGGUAAAUCCUUCUCUGGACGUACUAAUUUGAUAUGUCACAGGCGUAUUCAUACAGGGGAGAAGUUAUAUUGCUGUGAUAUCUGUGGUAAAUCAUUCUCUCAAGGUGGUUACUUAACUAGACACAAACGAGUCCAUACAGGAGAGAAGCCAUAUCACUGUAAUAUCUGUGAUAAAUCUUUCUCUGAAAGUGGUGAGUUAACUGUACACAAACGCAUUCAUACAGGAGAGAAGCCAUAUCAUUGUGAUAUCUGUGGUAAAUCAUUCUCUCGAAAUACUUCCUUAACCAUUCACAAACGGAUUCAUACAGGAGAAAAGCCAUAUCAGUGUGAUAUCUGUGGUAAGUCCUUCUCUGGAUGUAGUUAUCUCAUUUCUCACAAACGUGUUCAUACAGGGGAGAAACCAUAUCAAUGUGACAUCUGCUGCAAAUCAUUCUCUGUCAGCAGUUCCUUAAUAAUACAUAAACGUAUUCAUACAGGAGAGAAACCUUAUUGUUGUGAUAUUUGUGGUAAAUCAUUCUGUGAAAGUAGUAAGUUAAGAAGACACAAACGUACUCAUACAGUGUAGAAGCCACAUUACCGUUAUGUGUAUGGUAAAUCAUUUACUGAAAAUGUUCACUUAACAAUACACAAACGCAUACAUAUAAGAGAGGAGACAUACUAGUGUGAUAUCUGGUAAAUCAUUCUCCCAUAUUGAUUCUUAGCCUAAACACAAAUAUAUUCAUACAGGAGAAAAGCCAUAUAAAUGUAAUAUUUGUAGGAAGACAUUCUCUGAAAGUAGUAAUUUAAAAAUACAUGAACAUGUUCAUAGAGGAUAGAAGCCACAUUGCUGUGAUAUUUGUGGUAAAUCAUUCUCUCAAAGUUGUAGCUUAACUGGACACGUAUGUAUUCCUACAGAAGUGUAACUAUCAAUGAGAAAAUUCUUAAGAACAUCAAACAUUUUAAGUUCCUCUUGAAACUUCAGUCAAGCCACUCAUGGCUGCCUUUCUGAGUUAGUCUUUUACAGCUGGUUGAAAUUUUGACGAUGCCAACCUCUUUUAGUUACCUCUUAGAGCAUGAAGGGAUAUGUUUUACUAUCAAAUGUGUUUGUAUGAAGAUUUGGAAUAAACACCCUCAUCUAUAACUGUAAA